AUGACGUUCCUUGGUCCUUCUACCACUAAGAAAGUCAAGGGCAUAAAAUUCUCUAUUCAAGAGGAUAUUAGACGACCACUCGGCCUCCUUAGUCAAAAUAUUAACCGCGCAAAUCCCACUACCGAAAGCUCCAGCUCCUACGUAACCAACGAAUCCAAGAAAGCCAUAUCCGUCUUGAUAAACCAGCAUGAGCAAGCCAAGUCGGAGCUCGAGAACCACAAAUCAUCCGAGUCGAGAAUGAAGAAUGAAGUCGAAGAACUGCGCACACAAAUCCAGGAGCUUCAUGAUACCAUCAAACAUGACCAGGAUGAUCUGAGAGAAUUGAAUCAAAUUAUCGAGGGGGGCAUGCAAGGAUCCUCUACUGUUCCCGAUACACAGGAAGCCCUUUUCGAAAAGCUAAUCGCCAGAGAAACUGUUAUUGAUCGAGAAAUCUUCAAUCUCCGGGAUGAUAAAGUUAUUUCGAGAGCUGAACUUUGGUUUGCUGCUGUGGGGAGAGUAGACGAAUCAGUUGAACAUCUUGAUCAAGCUAGCCGAGAUAGAAACCUAGCAAUGCGCAAGGAAAUGUACAUUAGAACCAAGCGUUCUAUUGCUCAGGACACAAGAGCUGCGCUAUUAUCAACAAAAGAGGAUAUUCGAAAGCAGAAACUCGAGAUAUUCCGCAAUGAUAAUGUCGAAGGUCACGUACCACUUGCUCCUCCUUCGGCAAAUUCCAUGGAUAGCGAUCAGGUCUCCUUUGUAGCAGGAACUCCACUUGAUGAUCCUUUUGUCGAAAACGCUUCGCAGAAUCGAGAUGACUCUUGGGCUACAAUCGAUGGGGGAGAAUCCUCUUAUGUACUGAGUCGCAUCUUUAGUGAAGACAAUCGGACAGUACAAGACAGUCGUAGAACAACUAUCAGCAGAGAACAAUCUUCCAACGUCCUGGGCGGUAUAUUUGGUCAAGACACGCAGACAGUAGAAGAUAGUCAUAGGGCAACAAUCGAAGAGAACAGAUCUCUCAGACUCCAAAUCCAGACUACGGAGCGAAAAGUCCAAGAAUGGGAGGGAAAUUUCGAUCGCUUCAAACUCGAAACUCAAGCCAAAAUUCAAAGACUAGCAUCUGAAGUUUCUUUUAGUGAAGGCUCUCUUCAAGAGUACAAGAACGCUUUAGAAGACGCUGAUGAAGUGCGCGGACAACUGGUACAUGAUCUAAAACAGAUAGAAGAAGACAAAGACCGACUUUGUGUUAUAGUCGAAGAGGUCGGCCUUCCUAUCUUAGCACGAAAUGCAGAGAAUAUGAAGCGAAUCAAGCGCGAUGGCGCUUUUACAUCACUCGGCAACAGUCAUCUUCCAUUCAACGAAACUCUUGUGCACAAUGGAAAUUAUGCCGCAACUGGAGGUCACAUCGAUGCACAUCUUUCGUCUAUUCUUCUAUGCGAGAAGGAAAUUGUGAGCGGUCCCGUCAUCAGCCAUGAAAUGUUUCUUAACAUGUAUGGCGUUUCUGUUGGUGAAUACCGUCACUUGUACAAAGUAUCUGAAAGACUGGAUGAGAUGUUCAAUAUGCACGCCAUGCUUGUAGAAUCUGGUUCUUUUACUGAAAAGACACUUUCCGAGACUCGAGACUCUUUAUUUCAAAACUUGUUUACACAGGGUUUGCUUCAAUUCGAUGCGAUUGAGGCACCUAACGCGAAGGAGAAAGGUCGUAUUUUCGACUCGCAGGAUGGAGAGGACCAAAUCCAAACAUUCAAUGAAAUGUUGGAGAUUGUGCAGGAUAUCAAGCGAAUGCAAAGGGAUGCAAAAUUAGAACCGGUGCCUGAGCAAUUGGUUUCUGAGGAACCGGGUUCUGAGGAAUCAGGUUCUGAGCAUUCCGCUUCUGGACCGGCUUCUGAAUCCUGA